AUAAAUUUUCAGCCCUUUGGUCACAAGGUAAGCAAAACAAUGGCAAAAAUAAAGAAGCUCUUCCCACUAAAAGCUCUUUCCUUAUUGUUCGAAACCUUGCUUAAAUCAUCAGGGAAGCUGCACUGUCUAAGGUUCAAGGUCAGCAAUGGCCCUGCAACUCAAUUCAAAUUUCUUAAGCAUUCCACACUUGUCCAUAGCACAGAUGAGCUUGCAAACCAGACAUUGGUUUUUCACCUGGAGGGUGCACUCCUGAAGUCAUGUUCACUGUUUCCUUACUUCAUGCUGGUGGCCUUUGAAGCAGGUGGGCUCUUUAGAGCACUUAUCUUGCUUCUUCUGUACCCUCUUGUUUUGUUAAUCGGGAAGGAGAUUGGAUUGAGGAUUCUGGUUUUUGUAAGCUUUGUUGGCAUUAGGAAGGAGAAGUUUAGAGUUGGGACUGCCAUUUUGCCCAAGUUCUUCCUGGAAGAUGUGGGUUAUGAAGGCUUUGAUAUAGUGAUGAGCUACAAAAAAAGGGUAGCAGUGACUGGAAUGCCUAAAAUCAUGGUUGAAGGAUUCUUAAGAGACCACUUGGGAAUUGAUGCUGUUGUUGCAAGAGAGUUGAAGGAAUUUCGCGGGUACUUCUCGGGUUUGAUGGAGGAAAAGAUGGAUGCUGGACCUGUUAUAAGCGAGUGUACUCAUAAUAUUGGUUUAGGCUGCUUCAGAAAAUCUCACGAUCAGAAGAUUUUCUCACAUUGCAAGGAAAUUUACUUGGUAACAGAGGCAGAAAAGGAAAAUUGGCAAGCCCUUCCAAGGAAGAGAUACCCAAAGCCAUUAAUCUUCCACGAUGGGAGGUUGGCUUUUAGGCCAACCCCAUUAGCUGCGCUAAUUAUGUUCAUUUGGUUUCCCUUUGGCUUCCUUCUGAACAUCGCCAGAACCAUUAUUUUCAUAUCAUUACCUUUUAAGUUAUCUAUGCCUUUAUUGGCCUUGUCUGGGUGUAUAAUUACCGUAUCAAAACCAGAACCUACCGCUUCUUCAAUCAACGGUGAAAAAAAACCAGGAGGCAUGCUCUACGUUUGCAACCACAGAACUUUACUAGACCCACUUUUUUUAAGUGCAGUUCUCAUGAAGUCUGUCUCUGCUGUCACCUACAGCAUUAGUAGAUUCAGUGAGGUAAUUUCCCCUAUUAAGACGGUCAGGUUAACAAGAGAUCGAGAGAAAGAUGGAAAAAUUAUGAAGAAGCUUUUGAGCCAAGGUGACCUUGCGGUUUGCCCUGAAGGAACCACUUGCAGAGAACCGUACCUGCUAAGGUUCAGCCCGUUAUUCGCAGAGAUGACUGAUGAAAUAGUUCCUGUAGCUAUAAAAUUGCAGGUUAGCCUGUUCUAUGGAUCUACAGCUAGCGGACUCAAAUGUUUAGACUCAACAUUUCACCUCAUGAAUCCAAAUCCUAUGUGCUCGGUCAAGAUUCUUAACAAGUUGCCAAGUUGCCAAACACAUAAUACUGGAGGGAAAUCAAAGUUCGAAGUUACCAAUUAUGUGCAGAAUCAGAUUGCAGCAGCUUUAGGAUUUGAGUGUACCAAUCUUACAAGGAAAGACAAAUAUGCAAUCUUGGCAGGCAAUGAGGGGAUCGUAUAGGAUGCUAGGAGAGUGACGCAAGAAACUGUUGAAAUUGAUGGUUUUUUGAUCUGCUGCAGAGGAAGAGGUAAUAGUGAUUUCGAGGGAAGCCUGAGGUUCAAAAGGAAGAAGAAGACUUGAAUCAGCAGCCGUCUCGAAGCUUUACUCUUACCGUUUUAUUCUUCCGUCAUAUUCCAUUUUAUUUGUUUUUUUUUACUGUUUAAUCUUAUGUUCGUUAAAAGUCAAAAUUUAACUACUUUACUUAGUGAAACUGUGUCGUAUAGGUAAUGUAUGAGUCAUUGUGCCAGGGAAUCUUUCAUUGAUCCCAGCAUCCUCUGUCUUUGUAAGGCCAGAUGGCUUCAUCUGGUUUGCUAUUUCUCUUACAUUUUUUCUCUCUUUGAACAACAUAUAUAUUGGUUGAUAAAUGAAACGCUGUGCUGAAGUCGCUUUUUUGAGGAAA